CUUGCCGUAGUUGCCGGGUAUUGGAGGUCAGCCGGAGGAGGCGUGCGUCUGAAAUAUUUAGUGCAAAAUGUCAUGAAAGUGGCGAAAAUAAAGGAAUAUAGCGUUUUAAACAAUUAUGUCAUUUACAAGUGUGUAUCGCUGUUGAACUUCAAUUGUACAAAAAACGGGAGCAAAGCUCACGAAAUAACGGAGAAAUUCCUCCGUCCGUUUUGUCCUACAAAGAAAGAGGCGCCGACCACAGUUUGACAGCGCAGUUCAGACUGCGCAGGCCUGGCAUUAAAUAAACUGCUGUAGGGCGGCAUCUGAACGAAUAGAUGAUAUUUAUGAAAGAACAGACACUUUAUUGAUUUGUGAAUAAAAAACAGUUGCAAAUAUGAGGAAGGACGUGAGGAUAUUACUCGUCGGGGAACCCAAAGUGGGGAAGACGUCUCUGAUCAUGUCACUGGUCAGCGAGGAGUUCCCUGACGACGUUCCCCUUCGAGCGGAGGAGAUCACCAUCCCAGCAGAUGUAACGCCAGAGAGAGUCCCCACACACAUAGUGGACUACUCAGAAGCAGAACAGUCAGACGAGCAGUUGUAUCAAGAAAUAUCAAAGGCAAAUGUUAUUUGCAUAGUUUACUCAGUCAACAACAAGAAGUCCAUUGAGAAGGUGACAAGCCAUUGGAUACCCCUCAUAAAUGACAGGACGGACAAGGAUAGCAGGGUACCACUGAUCCUGGUGGGGAAUAAGUCAGAUCUGGUAGAACACAGCAGCAUGGAGACCAUCCUGCCUAUCAUGAACCAGUACUCUGACAUCGAGACCUGCGUGGAGUGCUCUGCCAAAAACCUGAAGAACAUCUCAGAGCUGUUCUACUAUGCCCAGAAGGCAGUGCUCCACCCUACAGGACCCCUGUACUGCCCAGAGGAGAAGGAGAUGAAGCUGUCUUGCAUCAAGGCUCUAACUCGCAUCUUCAAAGUGUCGGACCUGGACAACGAUGGCAUCCUCAACGACAAAGAACUCAACUUCUUCCAGAGGACGUGUUUCAACAUGCCCCUGGCGCCCCAGGCCUUAGAGGAUGUCAAGAACGUGGUGAGGAAGAACAUGACGGACGGAGUCGAGGACAACGGACUCACGCUCAAAGGCUUCUUGUUCCUGCACACACUUUUCAUCCAGAGGGGGCGUCACGAGACCACCUGGACGGUGCUGCGGAGAUUCGGUUACGACGACGACUUGGAGCUUCACCAGGAAUACCUGUUCCCCCUGCUAAAAAUACCGGCUGACUGCACCACCGAGCUCAACCACAACGCGUACCUCUUCCUCCAGAGUGUCUUCGACAAGCACGACAAAGACAGAGACUGUGCCUUGUCUCCAGAUGAGGUAAAGGACCUGUUCAAAGUGUUUCCCUACAUGCCCUGGGGUCCCGACGUCAACAACACAGUGUGUACCAACGACCAGGGUUGGAUCACCUACCAGGGAUACCUGUCACAGUGGACGUUAACGACGUACCUGGAUGUGCAGCGCUGCUUGGAGUACCUGGGCUACCUUGGCUACUCAAUCAUCUGUGAGCAGGAGUCCCAGGCAGCAGCCAUCACAGUGACCCGAAACAAGCGCAUCGACCUGCAGAAGAAGCAGACGCAGCGCAGCGUGUUCCGCUGCAACAUUCUGGGAGCCAGGGGGAGUGGCAAGACCAGCUUCCUGCAGGCCUUCCUGGGUCGCAACCUGCUGAAACAGAGGAAGAUCAGAGAAGACCAUAAAUCAUUCUACUCCAUCAACACCACGUAUGUCUACGGCCAGGAAAAGUACUUACUGCUUCAUGAGGUGAUGCCAGACUUUGACUUCCUCUCAGAGGAAGACCUGGCGUGUGACGUGGUCUGCCUGGUGUAUGACGUCAACAACCCACGCUCCUUUGAGUACUGCGCCAAGGUCUACAAGCAAUACUUCAUGGACAGCAAGACGCCGUGCAUGAUGAUCGCCUCCAAGUCGGACCUGCACGAGGCGCGCCAGCACUACAGCCUGACCCCGCUGGACUUCUGCCGCAAGCACAAGCUGCACCCGCCCCAACCCUGGACCUGCAACACGGUGGACGCCCCCAACAAAGACCUCUACACCAAACUCACCACCAUGGCCAUGUACCCCCACGCCAAGCUCCGCUGCAUGUGUACCUGCAACAGGUGCACCUUCUGCAUCUGUCAGAACAUCCUCCGGUCCCAGCUACUGAGAACUAUAAAGGCCAAAUUCUACAGUGUUGUUCUGAACAGGUUACAUGAUGUGGGAGCCUAUCUGUUGGAUGACGAGGAGUGCAGUCUGAUCCAGCAGGUUCACGCCAUCAGUAAUGUAGAGGAGUCUAUCUACAUGGAGUCUUCUGUCCAGCCCAAUGGGCCUCAGGCCAGGCACAUGGCUCAGGCAGACCUGAAGAGCUCUACGUUUUGGCUAAGGGCAAGCGUGGGGGCCACCGUGUUUGCAGUCCUGGGCUUCGCCAUGUACAGAGCUAUCCUCAAACAUCGAUGAUCAAGACAGACACAGGAUGCAUGAUAUGACCCCUGACCCCCCACAGGUCUCUGCCCUUUGACCCCUCAGCCCCUCCCUGAAAGAAAACACGACCUCCAACAUCCCACAAUCUUCUGCCCCCCUUCCCCAAAAAAGAGACAACAACUGAAUGAAACGGAACUUCCAGCCCAUCUGAACCAGCCCUGAUCCCACAUCCACCUUACCGGAGAGGGAACAAACCGAGAAAUCAUAGAUGGAUUUUAUAUAUUUGAAACUAGUCAUUACAUUUACGUCAUUUAGCAGACGCUCUUAUCCAGAGCGACUUACAAGUCAUCUUUUGCAAACGGUAUUUUUUUUUUUUUCUCUCUUUGAAAAAAAGUCUCCACAAACUCACAUUGUGUGUAUUGAACACCAUGUAAUCAAUCUACUGCAGGCAUUCUGGUAUUGUGUGAUCUGGUCUAGUCUUGGGUUUUUUUCUUCUCCCGGUCAGACAGUAGUAGUUGCUGGUUGUUUUUAAAUCUGUGUAGAACCCGGCCUUUUCACAGGUCAGUAUUAGCUAGCUGGUUUGACCCCCAGAGCCAGAGAAAGCAAAGAAGGCAGCCGUAUACAACUCACUACAAAAGGGACUGAAAACAUUUGUUUAUAAAUGUGUUUGUAUAUAUAAAUAUAUAUAUAUUGCUCGGGUACUUAGAGAAAUACCCAACCAGAUUACAGCGCGAACAAAGCUUGCCAGUGAAUAAAGCAUUCAGCUCUGUAACACCUCAACAGUGAGCCUACAGGAAGAGCUGCAAAGUCAAAGCCAUUUUUAACGUUGAAAAGGUCAAGGGUUUCGUGCACGGGUUUCAAUUGCUAUUCAUUUAUUAACCUGUUUCUUUUCUUUGGUUUAUCUGUUUUGAAUGGUUUGUUCAGCAUUGCAUGAAACAGACCCACUUCAAGAGGUUAAUACAUUCAUUUUCCAUGUAUUUUUGUAUAUCUAGUAUUAUCAAAGCCGUUAAUAAUGACAUCCGUCAUUCACUUACUCUGAAAGACAAAAGACUACAACAUUAUCAUGACCGUAUAUGCUUCUUCCUCUGCUUUUUUCCUUUUAAAUUAUGAUUCUAUUUUUAUGUUAGACACUAUUAUGCCUACAGAUUGCAGUAUGUUAUUAACAGCCAUGCAGUGCACCUCUGACUCCUUCCUUGAACCAUGGAUGGAACUGUUUAUUCUCAUUGUUGACUUUUCAAGCAUUUACAAUAAAUAACUGUGUGAUCUGA